UCAGCCCGGUGACGGCCAUUUUGCGAAAAACUUUCGAUUUGUUUGCACGCGUCGGUCGAAGCAGGGAGACGAACGACGGCUAAUACUCGCGCGUAUGUACGGCACGCCGCGAUUUCGUCGAUCUAUCCACCUAUCUAUCGCUCGAACGAUCAUCCUCCCGUCUCCUUCUCGAUAUGUACUUUACUCACUCACUCACUCACUCACUCACUCACUUACUUACCUGCACUCGGAAUCGUCCUAAGAAUCGUACAAUAUCAAGAUCGUUUCGACUUUCUUCGUCGAUCCUUUUCCGAUCGAUAUCUAAACUUUGAAUUAUCUGGUAGAAUCGAGGCAUCGGCCGUUAAUACUCGUUUGAAGGAAAAAUUAAUGGGUGUAAUCAUUAAUGGGCGACAAACGUGUAGAAUUACUUUCGUUGAGUCAGUCGCUAUUUUUAAAUCUCAUCUCUGGCGUAUCUUUUCGCGUAAUGCAAAGAAAAUCGGGGUGCCUUGAACGGAGAUGCGGCUAAAUAGACACAAACACACACACACACACACACACACACACACAGAGAGAGAGAGAAACUUUGACGAAAUAUUCACAGACCUUCCUCUUAUCGGCGAUGAGCCACGCACAAAGUCGUGACUAAUUUCGAUCGUUUGUAGAACCCUCCAAUGACGAGCGUAUAUACACAGGAGUCGCGCAACUUCUCCUUCGUAUGUACUCUCGGAACGCGACGAGAAGCAUAAAGUCGUAAAACGACACUAGCGAGUUUGAGCGUGCUAACGUGACGCGUUUUAGAUACGCGACGGAAAGAGAAAAAAAUAACAAUAGAAAAUAGAAGGCGUUUCUUCUUCUUUUUGAUAAGAGAGUCGAAUGCUUCGUCAUCGAUUCGAUCUCCGUCCUGUCGAAAAAUGAAAACGUCGAGUUCGAUCGUGUUAACUCGGUAGAGAGCAUUAAAAUCAACUUGGGUGAGAAACAUCCAAACGUCGGAAAAUGCGAAAGGGCAUGCACGCGCCACCGUGUACAUGUAAGUGAAGAGACCGAGAGAAAGAGAGAGGGGGAGAGUAAAGUACUACCGAAAGAGGGGGCCCAUCAGAAAGGGGAGAGCAUCGCAGCGACGUUUUAACGAGCCGUGAUUUUCGUGCUCGCCUUUUCGAGGCCCUUACGUAACGCGACUUAAUUGUGAAGGAGCUAUCGCGCCAGUUAAUACGAGCCUCGAGGAUGAAGAGAAAGAGAGACAGAGAGAGAGAGAGAGAGAGAGUGAUCGUCGAGAAGGAGAUGGAGACGAAGCAGAAGAACGACGACGACGACGACGAAGAGGAGAAAGACGACGACGACGACGACGACGACGACGACGACGACGACGACGACGUCGUUCGAGGGUCUAAGUGCGGUGAAGCGAGGCAGCAUUGCUGCCGAAAGAAAGAACGAGCGAUACGUAAGAGAAAGAGAGAGAGAGAGAGAGAGAGCGCGGCGGUGCGAGCGAGAAAAGUCCCGACGACGGGGAAGAGAGAGAGAGAGAGAGAGAGAGAGAGAAGGAGAGCGAGUAAGAGUCCCGUCGAGUGGGGAGAAUCGCCGCGCGGCUACGAGGAGGGGAUACGAUCCCCACCACUUCGUCGUCCAUCAGUCGCGCCGAGCACGUCGUCGGAAGAGGUUCUUUCUCUUCGUGCGUUCUCGGAGGUCUACAACGCUUCGAAAAUCGUGCGUUCUUCGUUCGCCUAGCGAGCGUUGAGAAUUAAAUUAGCCGGUUCGAAGUCCGUUGAGUUUGAAACGCGAGUGAGUGCACAAGUUGCUUUGAUAAGUGUGCAGUGCAUCGGCGAAAGCGCCGUGCCCAGUGAGUACGGUUGUGAGUUUUGUUUCUCUCGGUGUGAAACUGUGACGAAGAGUAACGGAAUCAUAUUCCGUCGAAUACAAUUCGGGACAGGAGAGAUAUCGAGAGAAGGAAUUAUCUAGGAAAUUUGUAGUCGUCCUUGUCAUCGUUGUCACGCGGUAAGAGAAACUCGUUGCCGUUCCGAAAAAGCGUCCUUUCGUUUGGCGUCUUUCCGGGUCCGUUUCUCGCGGUUCCUCUCGUCUCGGUGGCCGCCGUAGCUCUCUGCUUUACCGACCGACGCCGACCGAAGUGGGAAAAGGACGCGACGCUUCUAGCCGGCUACGGCGUCGUGGCAUCGCCGCCGCCGCCGCCGCCGCCGCCGCCGCCUUGUUUUCUCCCCCUCCCCUCCUCCUCGCCCUUAUCUUUGUUGUCGUCGUCGUCGUCGUCGUCGUCGUCCUCGUUGCCGUCGCCGACAACGUCGUUGGCUUCGCGAUCUCGACGCGAGCCGGUUCGAUGAGAAAGGAAGGUGCCGAGAACGGACGUUUAACGUGCCGAUGGAUCCUCCUCGUCGAAAAGAAAACAGCGUGAUCGUCGUUCGGACGGACGCCUGGAUCGUCCACGAGAAUCUUCCUACGAAGGCACGCCGUUCCAGUUGUUCCAGUCGUUCCAGCCGUUCCGAUCGUUCCUCCUUGACGGAAUAGCCCGCGCGAAUUUUUCGCCGUUCGAAUUCGGCGCUACUGUUUAGUUCCUUUUUUUUUUUUUUAACUUUCUAUACACGUCCUUCGAAACGUCGUUGGUUAUCCUUUCGCGCUUCGGUGCGUUGCCAUGACGCGACCUUGACGAGCCCGAAUUCUUUGGAUAUUUUGUUCGUGCGAGAAGGGAGACAACCGAGACCAGGACAAGGAAUAUUAUUAUGUAUCCCAGUGCUGGAAUCAACGCGGCUGCGGUGGCCGCUGCUGCCGCGAGGCAUCCGGGUCCUCCGCAGCCUGGGCAACCGUUCAAGUUUUCGGUCAGUGAGUCUUGCGACCGAAUAAAGGAAGAAUUUAGUUUUCUACAGGCGCAAUAUCACAGCAUUAAGUUGGACCUGGAGAAGCUUGCUCAGGAGAAGACGGAAAUGCAGCGUCAUUAUGUAAUGUACUACGAGAUGUCGUACGGGCUCAACGUGGAGAUGCAUAAACAAACGGAAAUAGCAAAAAGGUUGAACGCCAUAAUCGCACAGAUUCUACCCUUCCUCUCUCAGGAACAUCAACAGCAAGUCGCCACUGCUGUUGACAGAGCCAAGCAAGUAACCAUGACCGAGCUGAAUGCUAUUAUCGGGCAACAGAGGCCCGAUUUACCGAGGCUUCUUCAACAGAUGCACGCUCAACAAUUGCCACCGGGUGCCGCGAUGGGGCCUCAUCCAGGAAUUCCCGGACUCCCAGGAUUGGGACCUGGUGCUGGUCUGCCAGUACCCACCUCGGCGUCCGCGGCCCUUUUGGGGCUCGGUUUGCCCCCAGGUGCUGCAGCAACUCCUGGAGGUUCUGCGGCUCAUCCUCUUUCGAUGUUGACCAAGCCGGACCUUCAUCGAGGUCAACCGGACGAUCUCAAACCUAACGGAGGCCUUAACCCAGCCGAGGAAAGGCAUUUUUUAACGUUUCAGAGGAGCUCGAUAUCGCCGGCGGAACGCGAAAAGUACAGUAGGCCCCGUAGCACACCGGAUCCUCAGCAUCACGAGCACCUACACUUGAAAAAGAUGAAGAAGGAGCAAGACAAGGAUAUAGGCCAUCAAAGCGAUGGUGAAAAGAGCGACCAGGACUUGGUGGUCGACGAUGCUAGCGAAGGACCGACGAGUCCUGCUGCGAAUGGUACUACCUCACCGAGAGAGAAUGGCCUUGACAAGUUAGGACCUUCCUCGGUGCCGUUGAGCGGACAAGUCAAAAAGGAAGUACCACCUCCAUCGCCUAGAAGCGGUACCAGUAGCAACGCAAGUACCCCGUCAGCAAAGAAAAUGGAGGAACGAGAAAAAGCUACCACUCCUAUUUCAAAACCAGUUACGCCUACUUCGGCAGGUGGCAGUAGUUCGGGUUCGGGUGGUCUAAAGCCAUCGAGUUCUAGUAAGCCUCUUGUCUCCGCUUCGGCGGUAGGCCCCUAUCCACCUCAUUAUCCUCCGCCUCAUCAUCCGCCCGCAGGACCUCACGUGGAUAUGCUCGGCUAUCCUCCUGCCGCUUUGAACGGAUAUCCCGCUAGACCGCCACUUCAACAGCUUUAUGAUCCUCACGGUAGUAUGAGAGCACCACUCGGACCACUCGGUGUACCCGGUGGAAAACCAGCCUACAGCUUCCACGUAUUGAGCGACGGACAAAUGCAACCGGUACCGUUUCCGCCUGACGCUCUCGCAGCACCAGGAAUACCCAGACACGCGCGUCAAAUAAAUACUCUCACUCACGGCGAAGUGGUCUGUGCGGUGACGAUCUCGAAUCCGACCAAGUACGUUUACACCGGUGGCAAAGGGUGCGUCAAGGUCUGGGACAUCAGUCAAGGCGGGAGCGGCAGCGCAAAGCCGGUUUCCCAACUCGAUUGCCUCCAACGAGACAAUUACAUCAGAUCGGUCAAACUGUUACCGGACGGUAGAACGCUCAUCGUGGGUGGUGAAGCGAGCAACUUGAGCAUCUGGGAUCUUGCGAGUCCAACGCCGAGAAUCAAAGCGGAAUUAACAUCUUCCGCGCCUGCCUGUUACGCUUUAGCGAUUUCUCCGGACUCGAAGGUCUGCUUCAGUUGCUGCAGCGACGGAAAUAUCGCCGUGUGGGAUCUUCAAAAUCAAACGUUGGUUAGACAAUUUCAAGGUCACACGGACGGUGCCUCUUGCAUCGACAUAUCUGCGAAUGGCUCGAAACUCUGGACCGGUGGUCUCGACAAUACAGUACGUUCCUGGGAUCUUCGAGAGGGUAGACAGCUACAGCAACACGAUUUCACGUCGCAAAUAUUUUCUCUCGGUUAUUGUCCGAACGACGAAUGGCUCGCGGUCGGAAUGGAAAAUUCAAACGUCGAAGUUCUUCACGCAACGAAACCUGACAAAUUCCAACUUCAUUUGCACGAAUCUUGUGUCCUUUCGUUACGUUUUGCCUCCUGUGGCAAAUGGUUCGUUUCAACUGGCAAAGAUAAUUUGUUGAAUGCUUGGCGCACGCCGUACGGAGCAUCGAUAUUCCAGUCAAAGGAAUCAUCGUCGGUGCUCAGCUGCGACAUCUCCAAUGACGACAAGUACAUAGUGACAGGAUCAGGCGACAAAAAAGCGACCGUCUACGAAGUGAUUUAUUGAGUCGUUCUUUCGAUAACGCUUCAACAUUCGAAGAACAUUGAACACGUGGGAAUUUCAAUGUACGUCGCGUUAUGCGUCAAGAUUUAAGACAGUAUAUGUUUCUUGAAUGACAACUCAAAGUUUGUUCGUCGACCGAUAGAAGAGAUCACUUAUCGAUCACGGUGCAGACGAAGUUGAGAAAACCUCUUGUUGCCUCUUAAGGAGAACGGACGGAAAACAAGAUGGACGCUAAAACCCGAAUUAAAGAAAUACCAACGUUCGCGAUGAUGAGAAAAAUGAAAAUUGCAUCGCUCGUAUGUUGGACGAACGUUGCGUUAUGAGUAUACACACACACACACACAUACGCGCGCACAGCACACGCACGCACACACACACACACACACAUAUAAAUAUAUAUGUGUGUAUAUAUAUAUAUAUAUAUAUAUAUAUAUAUAUAUAUAUAUAUAUAUAUAUAUAUAUAUAUAUAUAUAUAGCUAGACAGAGAUACAGACGAGAAACGCUUAGUUAUUUAAGAUUGUAUAGGAAAAAUUGGUAAUAAGUAGGUACGAACGAUGAAGGAGACGUAAAGAUUCUUGUACGAAAUUCUCUCUAAACGAUAGGAGAUAAAAGUCCGACGGAGCGUGUAAUAUGUUGCUAAUGUAAUAUAGAAGACUCGAUGCUAUAAGUAUAUCUUUUACGUGUGAUUGCGAGAGAAGCGAUCGAUCGAUGAAUCGAUCGAUCGAUCGAUAUCGUGCACUUUAUCGUACGCGUCGUUCUCCAUUUUCGCGCUUGAUCCUGAUCGAUCGUAAAAUCGACAAGGGUGCUCGGCGACGCGUUGAACACCGGUCUAGUGUGUCGACUCGUCGAAAGUAGGAAUGUGUGUCGUGAUACAGAAUUAUACAUAAGAAAUACAAGAACAAGACAACAAAAUAUAUCGAAGACGCGUAUAAAAAGAGCGUUUAUGCCAAAACAAUACGAAUGUAACGUUUAUGGAUGGAAUCAUUUGUCGAUCGCACUGUGAUGUUUAGAAAAAGCCCAAGUAUAUAAGAAGCAUGAUGACUGGUUCGUAUUUCAAAUGAGGAAGAGUAUGCAAUUUGAUUUAGAAGAUGUUUAAUUCGAUUAUUAUUUCAGUGUCGAUCAUCGAUCACCGAUGAGGACUUUACGAACGACAUUGAAUUGUUUUUAAAUCUAUUUCCAUUUCAUUUUAUGUUAACGAGCGCGUACUCGAAAUGGUUUAGGCAUCACGUCCGAUAAAUCGACGAGCUCGUACGCGUAAGCCCGUUAUUUCUCGCAGUAAGCAUUGUCUCGAGCGUAUCUCUGAACUCUCGUUAGUCCUUUUACAACUGCCAGUCUCUUACUACGUGCGAAUGUGUUCAUAGGAUCGCGAUCGCGUGCGUGCAGCUUGAACGUGCGUACGACGUGUGUACUACGAGUAUAAUAUAUGUUAUUUUACAGAUCGCGUAUGUAUGUAUGUAAGUUCGACGAGCGGUUUACUGCAGCAAAUGCGAGUCGAUUCGCGUGCGAGACUCAUUCUUUUUUGUUCAUAUCGAUAAAAGAAAAUGAUUUUGUCUUAUAGAUAGGCAUAUUUCACUGUGACGCAAACAUCGAUCGAAAAAUAAAAUGCGUGCCCACGACGCCUUCGUUAAUACGUACAUACAUACGUAUUUUAGAAAACAAAUAUUUGACAAAUUAUUUUUAUGACCGUAAACUUAGAUUUAGGCCAUCGCGCAUCGGCAGAUUCGGUCGGCGUACGAGCUUGCAUCCGUAUCAUCGACUCGCGCGAAGCCAACGAUAGCGAUUUGCUCGUACCACUCUAUCUCUUCUAUUUCUCCCUCUCCCACUCUUUCUAUCUAUACCUCUCUGCGCUAAUUAAAAAGAUGUCGAAAGAGAA